UGUGGUGACACAGACAAGACUCCUGCGAUAAAAAGAAAGUCGUCGAGCAGGAGAUACACAAGUCAGAGGGAGGACAACGAGUUUCCAUUUGAUGGUAGAUGCGACUCUGCAAGUCACACGGCUGGAAGUAUCUGUCGAACUCCUGAGGUACAGACUUUAGUUAGGGAUCUGUGGAAAAUGGAGUGGUAUGUCCUGAUGCUGAUGCUGAGCUUGCCGCCCUCCAUCCACACAGAUUGCUCUUCACAGUGUCAGAAAUGCGCGCAGCAGAUCCUCAGUCCCGACGCCGCCUUCAGCAGUCUGUCAUGCAGUACGGAGUGUGAGGGGCAGCUGGAGAGAUGUGGACAGGGUCCGGGGCUAGCGGACUUCAGUCAGGAUGAAGCCGAGGAGGAGGAGGAGAGCCAGCAAGCCGACCUGGUCAAACGCUACGGUGGUUUCAUCAAGAGGAUCGACAAGAACAAGAAUAAAAUCUUCACCUCUCCUUGGCGCGACAAUUAUAUAGUGAAAGCUGCAGCGCUGCCCAAGAAAUACAAGGACUUGUUGAAGAAGCUGGGAGCGAGAGAUGUCGAUGACCCGGAGGACAUGGACGAUGCUCCAGAUGAUCAGAUGCUCCGCACUUAUGAUAAACGUUACGGCGGCUUUUUACGCAAAUUCGGUCCCAAGUCAAAGAGGAGUAACUCCGCAGAGAAGGAGAGCCAAGAGCCAGAGGAGCUGCAAAAGCGCUACGGAGGUUUCAUGAGGAGGAUCCGACCAAAAUUGAACAACCUAAAGUGGGACAAGAGGUACGGAGGAUUUCUGCGUCGUCACUUCAAAAUCUCAGUGCGCUCAGUGGAGGAGCCUCGUUAUUCGUAUGAUGACCUGAGCUUAUAA